AUGAAUUCUUUCACAGCGACGUUAUUCGGUCUGAUUGGCUCAUCGGUGGCGCUGACUCUGGAGGAAGCCAUGAAGAAUCCCGAGGAGAACAUACUCUACGAUACAACACCCUACAGCAAGGCUUGGCAAGCUGGACUCGGAAGUGUGGUGACAUUCGGCUCACUAAUCGCUUUGAUUACAUUUAUCGCUUUGGGGACAAAGAUUAACGGCACCCCACGUAGGCUGCGGACGGCAGGAGCCCCAUUGAAAAAGGAGAUGGCGUAG